AUGAGGAUGAAAUUGACCCUAGUGUUUUUGUCCUUCUUCGGAACUGGCUUUUGCUUUGCUUCGCCUAUCGUGUUUGGGGAUGCCUCUGAUACAGUUCCUCCCAUUGUGCUUGAAGAUACAGACGGAAACUCCAUUACCAGUAUGUAUAUAAGUAUAGAUCUUGAUAGGUACGUCAAGAUUCCAGAGUGGGAAGUUGACCAAACUGACUGUUGGUUGAAUGUUUCUUACAUCCCAAUGGGAAACGUUAUUACACCUACAAUGAAAGUUUCGAGAGAUGAAAGCCGGAGCCUUGCUAAUUACGUGACCUGGGUUGAUGGAACAGGUGACUGCAGCGACACAUCUGUUGGUCUUCCGUACUCAGCAUGGGAUAUAGGACACAACAUUUGGCUACAUCUGAAGAGCAGAGACUGCGGUAUCAAGUUGGGACAAGCCAACAGUUUUUAUUGGAAGUACUGGGCAAAUUGCGGAGAUUAUAAUACAAUAGCAGACCAAAAGACAAUUUCAGGGGCCAUCAUGGAUGUCAUUGGACGGCUACAAGGAGACUUGAUGUGCAACAACUACUGCAUUUCUUUGUCAAAAGGAGAGGCGUGGCUUGGGACUUUGGUUGUGGGACCGACCUCGACUGCUUGGAGAACUUUAUGUGUUGGUGCUUAUACCGGCGAGUGGAAUAAUGGGUGCUACUCUUUAAAUUGGCCAUGCUCUUGCUGGAGCUAA